AUGAGUGAAUCAGCAGAGAACCCGAGUCCGCUUCCUCGCCGGACUCGCGUCGCCUGCAAAGCCUGCCACGCCCGGCGGGUAAAAUGCGACGCCGGUGACGGUCAGCCGUGUUGGCAUUGCCGGACCCGGAACACAACGUGCGAGCUGAUAGAGUCGAGACGCGGCAAAUAUACACGGCAGAGUCGUGGUCAAGCAAAAGACCGUCGUGUUUCUCGCCGGCUCCGAGAAACCCGAGAGCCGUCCACAGAUGUGGUCCAAUCUUCCCCUGACAUUGCUCUCAACACGCCAAACAGCAUCUCCAGUCCAAAUGGUCAAGACGCGCCACAACCCCAAGAUGAGGACACCAACGCCGCCUUUCCACAACCCAAUCUCUCUCAGCAAACCCAAACUCAAGCAAAUGUCCGAUCAUAUUGUCUUGGUGAUUCCAACAGCUUAUCCUACAUCAUUGAGAUGAUUUGCAGUCCUAGAGGUGGAGUCGCCGAGCCAGUCAAGGUGCACUACCCUAUUCCCGCCUCCAUCGCCGACCGUGCAGUGCUUCCAAACAGGCCACAAGUAGAGGUGACCAGUUUACAAGAAGCUUUAGUAAUGCCGCCGCGAAAUAUAGCUGAUCGAUUGAUCUCUGCAUUUUUCAACCUUAUGCAUCCCGCCUUUCCAGUCUUGAACAGGCGAGUCUUUAUCGAGCAGUACAAGCUGGGGCAAGCAUCUCCACUGCUUCUACAGGCCGUCUUCCUCAUCGCGGUCACCCUCUGCGACGACAACCUGAUCCAAGAUGCGGGAUUCACGGACCGUGCGACUGCAAGAAAGACAUACUACCUCCGCGCAAAGACUCUAUAUGAUGUUGACCAUGAGACGGACCGUAGCAAUAUCGCUUCCGCGCUGUCACUUAUGGGGUUCUGGUGGAAUGGGCCUGAUGAUCAAAAAGACUCAUGGUAUUGGUUGGGCUGCGCGACAACUUUUGCACAGUCCAUCAACAUGCAUCGCUCUAUGGCCCGGUCGGAGUUCAGUCAAGAGACGCGAUCGCUCUGGAGACGAAUAUGGUGGUCGAUUUAUUCUCGGGAUCGGCAUACUGCUGCCUGCCUAGGGCGGCCAUGCCGUAUUCGAGAUGAAGACUGCGAUAUUGAGCCUCUCACUGAAGACGACCUUCGCUUUGACGAGUGCUACGAUGAGGAGCUAAUACCGGCUCAAAAAGAUUACCACAUUUCUUAUUUCAUAGAAAUGAGUAGCCUAGCGGUGAUACUCGGCGACAUUGUCAUCGGUGAGUUCAGCCCUCGCCGUCCAGCGUUGGAAUGCUACAAAGCAAAAAAUCUGGUCGGAAGACUCGAGCGGUGGCAUUCCCAGCUACCAGAAUGUCUCCGAGAAAUGCCUCCUGAUGAGUCCCUGGGCGCAUCGUUCUGGGCCAGCAACCUACAAAUGGCGUAUCAAAACUACUACAUCCUUCUCUUUCGCCCUAAAGUAAUUGAGAACCUGUCGCCAGAAGAGGCUGAGAGAGACGUCCGGGCGCGGAUGGCGGCCGACUCCAUCACCCGUAUGGCUGAGGACAUGUUAGCCUCUGGUACCAUCCGAUAUGGGCAAAUGCAUCUUGUUCCCGCCGUGUUCGGAGCGCUCUCGAUUCACACAAUCGUCAUCUGCCGAAAGGACCCCAUACGAAGACAAUUAGCAGGCAACAAGUCAAGGCAGUGCAUACUUGCAUUAAGCGAACUAGCAAAGCCAUGGCCAGUGGGACUCUGGAUCAUGAGGUUCUUUGUCAAUCUAUUUAGGAGACUCACAGGACAGGACUCUGCCGUUUCCGGAGGAGCAAUUGUCAACGUUACCUCUCGGAUUGCCAACAGCGACGCUGAGUCACGAGGACAUCAACUCAACGAUAACAUGACCGCCUCAAGUCGACCUGAGGGAGCCGAGCCGAUCAUGCCAACGGCCGUGAACAACAGGAUUCAGUCUCGGGAUCAGCAGGCAGUUGAUUUCAUGCCGCAAGUUACUGAUCCACUAGCUUGUGACUCUUUUUGGGCUGGAUGUCUUGAUAACUCGAUCGAUGUUGACUUGCUUCUACAGCAUGGUCUUGGUCCCUUGCUUCCUGCUCCUUUUGGAGUUGCACCCCCAGAUACAAUGGGCUUGUAG